AUGGGAAAUGGCAUGAUCAUUCUCAUAACAAGGGUUGACAAGGCUCUCCAGACUCCCAUGUAUUUUUUCCUGGCAAAUUUUUCCUUCUUGGAAAUUUGUUAUGUGUCAAUCACUAUUCCCAAAAUGCUCAUGAACCUUUGGACUCAGAAAAGAAACAUUUCUUUGUUUGAAUGUGCUACACAAAUGUGUUUUUUCCUUAUACUGGGAGGUACGGAGUGUUUGCUCCUGGCAGUGGUGGCCUAUGAUCGCUAUGUGGCCAUUUGUAACCCUCUGCACUACCCUCUAGUCAUGAAUCACAGGGUGCGUAUCCAGUUGGUGGCUGGCUCCUGGAUCACUGGAAUCCCACUUCGGAUAGGGCAAACAUAUGAAACUUUCUCUCUGCCUUUUUGUGGAUCUAACCAAAUCAACCACUUCUUCUGUGAUAUCCCCCCAAUAUUCAAGCUGGCCUGUGGGGACAUCUUUGUGAAUGAGAUGUCACUCUACAUACUUGUUGUGUUGUUUAUCACAGUUCCAUUUCUGUUGAUACUUGGCUCCUACGGCAAAGUCAUCUCCACCAUCCUGAAGUUGCCAUCAGCCACAAGUCGAGCCAAAGCCUUCUCCACCUGCUCAUCUCAUCUUAUGGUUGUGGCUUUAUUUUUUGGGUCAGGAAUCAUUACAUAUUUUCAACCCAAAUCCAAACACUCUUCUGGAAGAGACAGGUUUCUCUCUCUUUUCUAUACCAUUGUUGUUCCAAUGUUUAACCCCAUGAUAUACACUCUGAAGAAUAAGGAUGUUAUGGUGGCAUUGAGAAAAUUGCUACCUUAAUGUGUAGUCACAUUAGCCACUAAUGUAAACUUAUUACA